UUGUUGGUUCUUCCACAGGCCUGUAAUCGUGGAGAUCCCACACUUUGCCUCCCUGGGCCGAGGGGACCGAGAGCUCGUAGUCCUCCGCAGCGAGAACGGCUCCGUCUGGAAGGAGCAUCGCAAUCGCUAUGGUGAUGAAGUGUUGGAAACCAUUCUGAACGGCAUGGAUGAAGACUUGGAGAGUCAAGACGAGCUGGAGAAGAAGAGAAUCCGUCGCAUCAUCUCCACCGACUUCCCACUCUACUUCGCCGUGGUCUCCCGCAUCCAGCAGGAGAGCGACCUGAUCGGACCGGAGGGCGGCCGGCUGACCAGUAAGCUGGUGCCUCACGUCGAGGCCAUCUUCCCUGACACGGCCGUCACCAAAAGAGUGAGGCUGGGACUGCAGGUAAGCGGAGGAGUUGACAUUAUAGAAGGAUAUUAG